GACAUCUCCAGGGAGAGGACACCCUUUCUGGACACCCUGCCCAGGACAAGGCUUACACUACGGACUUUUAAGGAAGACAGGCCUUGCUCACAGGGGCAAGAACAGCACCAAGGGGGAGGAAUGGAGCGCCUGGCCUCCUUCAGUAAUGACCCUUUUGAUAAGCCUCCAUGCCGAGGUUGCUCUUCAUACCUCACGGAGCCCUAUGUGAAGUGUGCUGAGUGUGGGCCUCCUCCCUUCCUCCUGUGCUUGCAGUGUUUCACACGAGGAUUUGAAUACAAGAAACAUCAAAGUGAUCAUACUUAUGAGAUAAUGACUUCUGAUUUCCCUGUCUUGGACCCUAACUGGACAGCUCAAGAGGAAAUGGCUCUCCUAGAAGCUGUGAUGGACUGUGGAUUUGGAAACUGGCAGGACGUAGCCAACCAGAUGUGUACAAAAUCCAAGGAGGAGUGUGAGAAGCAUUACAUGAAGCACUUCAUCAACAAUCCCUUGUUUGCGUCUACGCUGCUGACCCUGAAGCAGGCGGAGGAGGCGCCGCACCACGAAACAGCCAUUCCCUUCCACCCUGCUGAUGAUCCCCCACGGCCUACUUUUGAUUCCUUGCUCUCCAGGGACAUGGCUGGGUACAUGCCAGCCAGAGCUGACUUUGUUGAGGAGUUUGACAACUAUGCUGAAUGGGAUUUGAGAGAUAUCGAUUUUGUAGAAGAUGAUUCAGACAUUUUGCAUGCUCUCAAGAUUGCAGUUGUAGAUAUCUACCACUCCAGGUUAAAGGAAAGACAAAGAAGAAAAAAAAUUAUAAGAGAUCAUGGCCUAAUCAACCUCAGAAAAUUUCAGAUUUUGGAGAGGCGAUACCCAAAGGAGGUUCAGGACCUGUAUGAAGCCAUGAGACGAUUUGCACGGAUCCUUGGACCAGUAGAGCACGAUAAGUUCAUUGAAAGCCACGCAUGUGAGUAUUGUGAGGCUUUUAGAACUGAUGUUCUUCAGCAGGCUCAAUGAGGGGCUACAGGAAUCACCAGCUUCUGUAGUGCCAGGACAUAUGAUCACCUGAAGAAGAGCCGGGAGGAGGAGCGGCUGAAGCGCACCAUGCUGGCCGAGGUGCUGCAGUACAUCCAGGACAGCAGUGCCUGCCAGCAGUGGCUCAGCAGACAAGCUGACAUUGAUUCCGGCCUGACUCCCACGGUACCAGUUCCUUCAAAUUCAGGCAGACGCAGUGCCCCUCCGCUGAACCUCACGGGUCUCCCAGGGACAGAGAAACUCAACGAGAAGGAGAAGGAGCUCUGUCAGAUGGUGAGGUUGGUCCCUGGAGCCUAUUUAGAAUAUAAAGCUGCUUUAGUGAACGAGUGUAACAAACAAGGAGGCCUGAGACUUGCUCAGGCUAGAGCACUCAUCAAGAUCGAUGUGAACAAAACCAGGAAAAUCUAUGACUUCCUUAUCAGAGAAGGGUACAUCACAAAAGCCUGA